AUGCGCGCCACGGAGCGAGCAACCGCCUUCAACCCAUCCUCGCCGCGCCGACCUCGCAGUUGUUUAUUGCCAAUCAUGGACUCGUCGCUGGGCGGCAUGCUCGCGCAGCUGCGCCACGUGGCUGCCGCUGAGGCAAGACGGGCGGCAGAACAGGUGAUUCUUCCCAGAGACUUCACCCUGACCAUUCCGCAUCCAGACAACUCGUCCCGCCCGCCCUCAAUCCACAGCGCCACCCCGUUCUCGUCCCAGCACCCCGUUACAAUCACCAUUCGGUUGUUGUGCGUUGGCCACGUGGACACCCGCCCUGCAUACCACUCCGCCAGUGAAAUCUGGCCACGUGGGUAUCAUGCAGUGUGGGAGGACCCUUUAGGCGGGCUGUGCCACAGCGAGGUGGUGGACGGGCAUGGCGGCAGCGACGGCCACGGGCCACGGCAUGGGGUGGGGGCGGGUGGGGAGGAGGGCGGGAGUGACGGGCCGGUUUUCCGAGUUUGGAGGGAGGGGGGCAGGCGGGAAGGGGAUAUGGGUGGAGGAGGCGGAGAGGGGUUGUGUGCGGGAGAGCGAGAGUGUGAAAGUGAUGACGGGGAGGGGGCGAUGGAGGAGGAGGUGCAGGCGCUGCUGUGGGAUGGCUUGGGGCCUGCGGUCGUGGGCGGAUGGCGGGCAGCGGGUGACUCACUGGCGGAAAGAGAGCAUGCGCGGGAGGUGCAUGGGGGGGAAGGGGGCGGGGGGGUUGGUGGGAAGAGUGUGAGGGGAGGUUCACAUCUGUUUGGGGGCUCCAAGCCUGAAUGUAAGGUUCAGAUGGUGUGUGAAGGGCAAACGAGUCAGCAGGCUUGGGAGAGGUUUGGAAGGGAGUGGUGGGAGCAGCUGGGUGCGACAUGGAUGGGGAGGGCUGGGCACGGCACGGCGGAGGCGAGGGGGGAGCGUGGCGAGGAGAGUGGACAGCAGGCAGGAGGGCAGGUGGUGGAUGGAAGGAGUGGUUUCAAUGUAGGCGUGGCGGGUGAGGGGGGCGUGGGGGCCGUAAAAGAAAGGGGGCAAGGGGAGGGAGUGGGAGCAGAGUAUGCAGGGUGGGAGGAGCAUCGGGUGCGAUCGCUGCUGCUGCUAGACAAGUACGGGCUCUCCCACCCGCCCCUGCUCGCCCUCAUAGAGGGACAGAGCGGUGCAGAGCGGUGCACAGGGUACGAGUUCAGGGAGGAGCGGUGGUGGAAGGAGCAGGCGCAGAGGGAGCAAGAGAGGCAGGCGAGGGGGGGGCAUGCGCAGCAGGCAGAGCAGCACGAGGGGAAGCGGCAAGGGAGGGAGGGGGAAGAGGGGCAGGGGCAAGAGGGGGGGGGAAUAAAGGAGGGGUUGGGGAUGGCAAGCGGAGGGCAAGUGGGUGAGGUCCAGGCUGGGGCGAGUGAAGGGCGCGAGGGGGACGGGGGAGGAGGUGCAGGGUGGGGCGGUGGGGACCGGGUUCAUGGGGCGGACAGGCUGGGCACGUGCGAGGGGGCGGAUGGGAGGAGAGGGGGGGCGGCGGUGGGAAAGGGUGUGGAUGAGGCGCUGCCAGCACUGGUGGGGCUGUCCCGCGCUGACAUGCUGCGCCUCAUUGAGGUGCGCCCUGCCCCUCCCUGUGCCCCUCUCGUCCCUGCUGCCUCUCUUCUGGCGUGUAUGCAGCAAGCAAGCAUGACUCCGCCCUCUGCCCAUCGCAACGCAUCAUGGAAUCACCUGUGUCAUUCUGCUGCCCAGGAUGGUGCGUGGGCGCUGCUGUCCCGCGUGCACGUGGCGCUGCUGCACGUGCUGCUGCCCGCCUCCAUGGCUGCUGUUGCCGCACACGAGGUGAUCGGCGCGCCGGAGAGGGACGGCAGAGGCAAGGAGAGGGAAGCCACCGAAACUGAAGCGAGGGUUGGUGCUGUGAGUGGUGGUAAUAGUGGCACCUCUGCUGCCGCUGCUGCCAUGGGUUCUCCUGCUUCCCUCACACGCGAGCAAACAGGGUUGAGUGCUGCUGCUGUGACUGAUGCCAGCUCCGACCUGCUGAUGUGUCCCAUUGAUGAGCUGACGUGGCCUGAGGUGGCAUGUAGGGUGCUUGCCGUGAACACUGCAUUGCUGCAGGAAGAGAGGAAGGAGCGGAGGGCACAUGGAGGGGAUGGAAGAGAGGGGAGGAGAGGGACGAGGGGAGGGGGGAGGCGAAAGGGGGGGGCAGGCAAAAGGGACAAGGCGAAUGGGGAAGAGGAGGAGGUCGGCCAAAGCAGCGGCAGGGCGGACGGCAGGCGAGGGGUGGGGGCAGCAGGGGGGCAGGGAGGGGUGUGCGGGCGCAGCCCAUGGGAGGUGGGGCGGCUGACACGGUGCAUCGCUGGCGAUGGCGGGCCGCUGCUGGGGCACUGGCUCGGCACCCCUGGCGCCCUGCAGGACGCUGCUGCGCUGGCGGCAGCGGAGAAGCAGCUUGCGCUGGUGGCGGCGUCCCAGCUGCAUGGCACCGCCGCCACCACGGCCGCUGCUGCUGCCACUGCUGUACCUGCAGGCAUGGCGGCAGGAGGGCUGGUCAGUGGCGCAGGCAAGGGCAAGGCAGCAAAGGGGGCGGCUGCAGGAGCAGCGUCAGGGACAGCGGGUGAAGAGCAGGGACGGACGGACGCAGCAGCAGAGGAUAGUGACAGCAGCGUGAGGCGUGCUGUGAGUGCCGCUGUGGCCCAGCCGCUGGGGGUGAAGGAGGAAGCGGGCAGUGAAGGUCCGAGCGGUGCUGACCGUGCUGCUGGGGGGCUUUCUGGUGGCGCCGCUGCUGGAGAGUGGGCAGCAGCCGGGCUGGGCGCAGGCAGUGCGGCAGAUGCAGCAGCUGGUGCGCGCAUGGGGGCUGUGGUGCGCGCAUGGGGGCUGUGGUGCGCGCAUGGGGGCUGUGGUGCGCGCAUGGGGGCUGUGGUGCGCGCAUGGGGGCUGUGCUGCGCGCAUGGGGGCUGUGCUGCGCGCAUGGGGGCUGUGCUGCGCGCAUGGGGGCUGUGCUGCGCGCAUGGCUGUGCUGCGCGCAUGGCUGUGCUGCGCGCAUGGCUGUGCUGCGCGCAUGGCUGUGCUGCGCGCAUGGCUGUGCUGCGCGCAUGGCUGCUGUGCUGCGCGCAUGGCUGUGCUGCGCGCAUGGGUGCUGUGCUGCGCGCAUGGCUGUGCUGCGCGCAUGGCUGUGCUGCGCGCAUGGCUGUGCUGCGCGCAUGGGUGCUGUGCUGCGCGCAUGGGGGCUGUGGUGCGCGCAUGGGGGCUGUGGUGCGCGCAUGGGGGCUGUGCUGCGCGCAUGGGGGCUGUGCUGCGCGCAUGGGGGCUGUGCUGCGCGCAUGGGGGCUGUGCUGCGCGCAUGGCUGUGCUGCGCGCAUGGCUGUGCUGCGCGCAUGGCUGUGCUGCGCGCAUGGCUGUGCUGCGCGCAUGGCUGCUGUGCUGCGCGCAUGGCUGUGCUGCGCGCAUGGGUGCUGUGCUGCGCGCAUGGCUGUGCUGCGCGCAUGGCUGUGCUGCGCGCAUGGCUGUGCUGCGCGCAUGGGUGCUGUGCUGCGCGCAUGGGGGCUGUGCUGCGCGCAUGGGUGCUGUGCUGCGCGCAUGGGUGCUGUGGUGCGCGCAUGGGUGCUGUGCUGCGCGCAUGGGUGCUGUGGUGCGCGCAUGGGUGCUGUGCAUGGGGGCGCCCAUCUCUUUACUGCCUCCACACUCGUGCCUCUCUCACCCAAACCACCACGCUCCUCCUGGGUUGCUCCAUGCCAUGUGCGCCAUGUGCCCCAUGCAUGCAUGCGCCCGGCAGCAGGUGGCCAUGCAUGCCCCCCCCAGUGGGUGGCACUGCUGGAGCCGAUCCGCAAGAUGCAGACCAACGUCGGCGCGCGCAUCCGCAACUGCAUCCGCGCCGCCCUCGACUGCCACGUGGCGCCGCCUGAUUGGGCGGUGGAGCGGCUGCAGUGGGCCAUCAGCAAGGAGGUGUACAAGGGGAACGCAUCAGGGCCCACUAAGCGAGCGGCCAUCGAGGUGAUGGACAAGUUCCUCGCCCUCCACCCCUCCGCUGCCGCUGCCCCCCCCGCUGCCCCACCCGCUGCCCCGCCCGCUGCUGCUCCCUCUGCCUCUGCGCGUGCCACUGCUGCUGCGUGGAGUGGGCCCAAGGUGGAGCGCAAUGCAGGAGGAGCAGCGAGGGGCGAUGGCGCUGCUGACAGCAAGGGCACGGCGAGAGAGAAGGAUGGUGGGACGGCUGUGGGGAGAGGUGGGGCAGAAAGUGGCGGUGAUGGGGGCUCCCGAGCACAGGGCAAGUGGCACACAGGUGAGGGGGGCGGGAGUCACCCCGCAGCAGAGUCGGGGGCAGGCACGGCAGCAGGGCUGGCAGGGCGCAGCGGCCUGGCGGGGGGAGCAGCAGCAGUGCCGGCAGCAGGGUGGGCGCUGUCGCCGCUGAUGCAGCAGUGCCGCGCCGUGCUGUGGCAGCUGGCCCGCGCUGACCACCUGCGCGCCUUCACCUACUUCUGGGCCGUGGGACCCGUGUGGCGCGCGGAUGAUGAGAGCGGGCACCAUGCCGCACCGGAUGCAGGAGGGGAAUGGGCAGGCCCUAGCCGUUCCCUCCUUCAAUGCUCCUGCACCCCCCAAUCACUCCGCACCACUUCACACUCCUCCCCUCGACCUCCCCGGCUGUGCAACGGCCCAUCCUGUCCCGCGCAGGGCCUGUUCGCCACGGCGCCAAUGCUGCCCCCGCGCCCGCCCACGCCCGCACCACACAGGGCGGGGGGAAGGGGGCGGGGGGAUGGGGCAGGCGGGGAGGCAGCAGCGGGGCUGCCCCCGUGGGAGCGCGAGGGGUGCCUGGUGUGCGGCGUGGACGUGGACGAGCGGGUGGUGCUGCUGUGCGACGGGUGCGACCGCGAGUUCCACCUCUACUGCCUCCUGCCCCCCCUCAACCACGUGCCCGCCGGCCACUGGUUCUGCCCCCUCUGCACGCAGGGGGCCUACCAGACCUUCUGCCACAACCAGCAGCAGCAGCAGCAGCAGCAGGAGGAGGAGGAGGAGGAGGAGGAGGCGUGGGUGUCAGCACGGGCAUGGGGCUGCACUCGCCCCCGCUGUCCGCGGCCCACCCAGCCGUGGCGGGCGCAGCGGCCCCGAUGGCGGCACCAGGUGCAUGCGCUCUUGGGUCGUGGAAGGGACUCCCAUGCUCAUGGCGCGCAUGGGGGUGAGGGUGACGGUGCGGAUGGGGAAGAGAGUGAGAAGAGUGUGGAGGAGGUGCGAGGGAGUGAGAAGAAGAGGGGUGGCAGGGUAAGGCGGUCGACAGGGGGCAAGAGAAGGAGGACUCAGAAUCGUGCUGUGGACGGGUUUGGAGCGGUGGAUAGGGGUAAGCUGGAAGGGGGGGAAAGCGAGGAGGAGGUGGAGAGAGAAAAGGAUCAGGGCGAGGGAGGGAUGGAAGAUGAGAAAGAGGAGGAGGACGCAAAGGAAGAGAGCAGGGAGGAGAGUGAUGGGGCGAGUGAGGAGGAGAGUGAUGGGGAGCGGCAGGAGGUGGUGGAAGACGGAGGGGCAGGGCGUAUGCCGCUGUGGUGCUCCAGUGCUGCGCUGGCACGGGUGAGAGGCGCUCAGGGAGAGAAGCAGGACGCCGGUGGAGCUGUGGUGUUCGUCGGAUCGGAUGAGAUCGGACGGCUGUUCUUUGUGGUUACCAUGAGCAGUGAUGGAAGCAUAGGCCAUGAUUGCGCUGCUGCCAGCCAUGCUCGUGCUGUAGCAAGCACAGGGGGAGCAGCAGCAGCGGUGUUGGUGUGGUGGCCUCGCGGGGCCCCACCCUCCACCCUCACGCACCCACCCCUCCCCCACCCCCCUUCACCUGCCGCACGUCGCCACGCGCACCCCCCUGAGCGCGUGUGGCCGGCAUGCAGGGGGCCGUGCCGCCACGCUGCGUGCUCGCGCCGUGUGGCGGUGGGCGGCGCGCUGCUCGCCUCUGCCACCGCUGCUCUCACUGCCGCGCCUGCAGCCUGUGAGGGGGUUGGGGGCGAGGGCCAGCAGGGCGAGUGGCGCUGGUAUGUGUGGCGGGGUGCUGUUGCUCUCAACAGGGGUGGUGCCACGGGGACAGGAAGGGACACGCUUGCUCAAACAAUGGCUGCGUCUACCUCUGCUGCUGCUGCUGACGUGGAUGCUCUUCUCUCCUCAAUGGCUGCAGCAGCAACACCUGGCAGCCCGCUGGCAAGGGUUUACAGCCGGCUGCAGCAGGUGCUAGCACAUGAGCAGGGAGGGCCUGCGCGUGACGCAACAUGUGAGCAGCAGCCCGGCAGGCCCGUGCAUGCACAACAGCCGCCCCCUGCACUCCCCACACAUUCCUCCCUCUCCCCCUCGUCCCUGCCUCCCCUGCACUCACUCGCACUACACUCUACCGAACCACCCACCAAGCCGUCCACUAAGCCAACUUCCGAGCCGCUCACCGAGCCAUGCACCCCAAGCCUCCGCUCCCUGCGAGCUAUGGCCUUUCUGGAAGAACGGUUCGGAGCGGUGGAGAUGGAUGGUACUGUGCCAUUGGGAGCGGAGGGGGACGGCGGAAAGGAGGGAGGCAGGGGAGAGAAGGUAAGGGACAGAGGAGGGGAGAAAGGCGCGGCGCACAAGGGCGCUCUGGGGGCGACAGGUGGCGGUGCGGGGAGGAAGGGCGUGUGGCGGUGUGAGUGCUUGGAGCUGCAGUGGGCUGCCAGGUGGCACUGCGUGAUUUGCCACGAGACUUACAGCGCCAAGGCCGAGUUUGAAGGGCACAAGCGCGCGUGCAGGCUGCGUUCUAGGGGGGGAAGGGGGGGCGGACGGGGUGGGGGGAGGGGAGGAAAGGGAGGGGAUGUGAGGGGGGAGCGAGAGGAGGAGCGGAAGGGAGGGCACAGGAUGGGUGGAGGGGCAGUGCUUGGUGUGGGCGGCAAGGUGCAGGCGAGUGGGGACGGGGUGAUGGACGAGGGCGAGAGGGAGGGACGGCUGUGGCACGGGUUUGCAGGGGAGGAGGAAGAAGAUGCAGGGACGGUGUUCGACCCCCCCAGCACUGCUGACUUGCCACCUGCUGACGUGGCAGCUCGUGCAGCCACAAGGCAUCAGUGUGAUGCUGAUGGCAUCUUUCCACCUGGCGCACUCAAGCUGUGCGACAUCAUGGCCACGUCACCAGCUGCCACGUCACCACCCGGGGAAGCAGAAGCAGCAGUCCCAGGUGUGGCAUGCAGCGGUGGUACCGGGCAGGUAGUGGUGGGCAGCAGCAUGGCGACACUGGGUGAUGGCAUGAGGGUGCUGGCGGGUGAAGUGGGCGAGGGGGCGCGCAGCACAGUGGUGCAGCGGCACGAGGAGGCGCGUGUGGCACACAAGAGGCAGCGAGGGGCGGAGCGGGGCAGCGAGGACGAGCUGCUGAGCGGGUGCCAGCUGGUGCAGAGCCGCGUGGGGAAGAGGCGGAAGCAUGGCGAGGGGCGAGGGAGGGGGAAGAGAGGAAUGGCGAGAGGAGGAGGGGAGGCUAUCGAAGGUGGAGAGGGAGCGAGGAGGGGGGAGCGCGCAGCAGUUGUGGAACGCACGGGAGGUGUGAUAGCGGCUGAUGGCAAUGGUGCUGCUGCCUCCGCUGCACUGGCUUCGCCUGCACUCAUACACUCCCCCCUCCCAGAGGUCACCGCGCCUCCACCUGCCACUGCUCCACCCGCUCAUACUGUGCCUCCUGGCACUGACAUGGAUGUAUGGGCUGCACGCAUGGAGGGGACAGGCAUGGAGGGGGCAGGCAUGGAGGGGACAGGCAUGGAUGGUGUGUGUGUGGAUGGCUGGGGCAUGCAGAGCAGCACAGCUGAUGCGCUGUCCGGGGAUGUGACCUCCCCCGUGCCUCAGCCCACCUGGGCCAGCCACUGGGACCACGUGCCACUGCCACCCGACGCCACCACCACACCUGACUGGGAGGAGGCGGUGGUGGCGGCGGUGAAGCGCGAGCUGCUGGACGUGGAGGCGGCGGCGGGCGUGGAGGCCAUGGAGGGGCCGCGAGGGCGGUCGGGCAGGCGCCGUGCAUGGCGCGCCAUGGUCAAGCAAGCUGACGCCAUGCACUGGCGCCACCUGCUGCACGCGUGCAUACUGCUGGAGCUUGCCAUCCGCGCCGACCGCCUGGCCCUGGGGUGGCGCUUCUGGUGCUCGCCGGCCGCUGCAGCCUCCUGCGCCACGCUGGCAGCGCUGGCCCUGCGCGUGCGCGCCCUCGACCAAGCCAUCCUCUACUUCAAGGGCCCCCUCCGCCCCCCCGCUGCCUCACGCGCCCCGCCCCGCGCCCACGGUGGUGGGGGCGAGGGCAAGGGAGCAGCAGGGGUGGCGGUGGUGGAGAGUAGCAGUAAGAGGGGUGCAGCGGUGGCGGCGGUGGUGGAGGCGGAGGAGGCGGAUGUGGUGGAGGUGUGGGCGGCGAGUGGGUCGGUGGAGGGCGGCAGUGGCAGUGUGGAGUUUGACAUGUUCGACGAGGAGACAGGCGCCGCCGCUGAGGUGCUCGAGAUGCUCAAGGCGCUGGGCUGA